AUGAUCGAAGAUUCUUCUAAGAACAAUAUGUUGCACUUGGUUGGAAGCUUACCUCCUUUGCAGAAACUCAGACAAAGAAAAGGCCCAGCAUUACAACUACAGAGAGAGCUUCACUGGCGCCAGGAAGUGGAGAAGCUCGUGUUUCCCACUUGCACUACAAAAGAGAACACUUUCAAAGAGACACCAGAUAAGGUGUUCAGAAGGGAGCACGAAAAUAUGGUGAAGGAAGCAGAAAAGUGGAUGAAAGCAGUAGCAGAAUCAUGCAGCAUCACUGCAGCACUAAUUACCACAAUUGUGUUUGCGGCAGCCAUUACAGUACCAGGUGGAAGCAAUCAAGAAACAGGCAUCCCUGUGUUUACAAAAGAAAUUGCUUUCACGAUCUUUGCAAUAACAGAUGCAAUCUCACUAUUUGCAUCCAGCACAGCAUUACUGAUGUUCUUGUCGAUCCUCACAGGAAGUUUUGAUGAGAGAGAUUUUCUCUUCACUUUGCCAAGACGACUGAUGGUUGGUCUUUGUGCGUUGAUGCUAUCUACAACUGCCAUGAUGGUGGCCUUUGGGGCAACGUUGUUCCUUGUCUUUUGUCAUAAAAGACCAUGGAUGCUUGUUCCAAUUUGUGUAUUAUCUUCGGUCCCGAUUGCAACUUUUGGUAAACUUCAAAUCCCCCUCAUAUUAGAUCUCUAUCGGUCGACUUAUGUAAACAUCUUUGGCAUUCCAAACUAA